AUGACUGUUCAACCCUUCACGGUCAUUAUCGUCGGCGGUGGGCCGAGCGGCAUCACGGCGGCGCACGUUUUGCAACGUGCUGGUAUCGACUUCGUCGUCCUUGAGAGAAGGGAUAGUAUUGUCGGCGAUGCUGGCGCCAGCCUGGUCCUCGGCCCCGGGUCCAUGCGUGUAUUCCAUCAACUUGGGAUCCUCGAGCAGUUGAUGGAAAUUGGCAAUAUGUUAUCAUCAGGCAUGGGCUUCACCGCCGACGGCCAUAUCUUCAAGCAAAGCUUGAUUGGUGAUUAUAUGAUGAAGAAUCACGGCGCAGGACUCACCACGUUCCACCGAGCCAACCUGAUCCAAGUCCUCUACGACACCCUCCCCGAGUCAGCAAAAGCGCGCUAUUUCACCGGAAAGAAGCUGUCAAAUGUUGAUUCGACCGAGACGGGUGUCACGGUGACCUGCGAAGACGGCUCAAAGUAUUCCGGCAGCAUGAUUAUCGGUGCCGAUGGCGUCCACUCCACGACGCGACGCCAGAUGCGCGAGCUCGCCCUCGCCGAGGACCCCAACCGCGCAUGGGACCCCGUCAACCCUUACAAGAUCCAAUACCAAUGCUUGUGGGCGUCUUUCCCGCGACCCACCGCGGCCGGACAAGGCUGCGAGACACAGAGCAAAGAUCGAUCCAUCAUGUACCUUACCGGCAAGGAAAGGGGGUGGAUCUUCCUCUACGAAAAGUUGACUGCGCCUAUUCCUGAAAGAAUCUCCUUCACUCCCGAGCAGCUUGAGGAAUACGCCGAACGAUUCGCAGACUGGCCGGUCACAGAGACGCUCAAGGUCAAGGACGUCUUCAAGGAGCGGUACAGCGCGGGUGGAGCCGGUCUCGAGGAGGGCAUUUGCAACAACUGGAGCUGGGGCGGCCGCAUGGUCCUCGUCGGCGAUGCCGUGCACAAGUUCACGCCCAACGCCGGCUUGGGGUUCAACAAUGGCCUCCAGGAUGUUGUUGCCGUUUGUAAUAGGCUGCACAAGCUCGUUUCCAAUGGCGACAAGCCCUCGCCCUCGCCCACCGAACUGCAGAAGCUCUUCGACGACUAUCGUGAGGAGAGACACCAGCUCCUGGAGAAAGACUUGGAUGCGUCGGCUCGAUUGACGAGGAUGCAUGCCUGGGCAUCGACUUGGGAUUGGAUCAUGGCGAGAUACGUGAUGGCGUUCUCGUUCGUGGAGAGGAUCUUCUUCACGUUGAAGAGGUCUCCGUCCAUUCAAAAGGCCAAGGUGCUGGACUUUGUACCGGCUACGGAGGUUUGCAAGGGCAAAUACCAGUGGUUAUACCCUUUCCCGUGCGAGAAGUAG